GAACGUAUUGAGACGGAAUGCAUUGCUCUUCAAACGAGUUGCUUUCGUCAUAAUGGAGUAACUCCCCAGAUGAGGCCUACGACCCGAAAGUGAAAGAUUAUCUCUUUCUGAAGCGGAACAUCGAAGAGUUGGUCGGAAUGACUUCCAGAGGCGACGUUUGGAUGGUGGGACUGGUCAUGUUAGCGCUCUCAGCUACUCUUGGCGUAGGCGACACCACGCCACUUCAAAAAUUUUACCAGGACAUAAAGGAAACACCGGUGCUUAUGAAGCUGUGCUACCGCAACGGAACGCUCUUGGAGUCUGCAGAGGCAGUCAAAGUCAGCGUCUAUUGGACAGGUGCUGCCUACCCUUCAGGGGACUUGGCGUCCGAUGGCAAGUUAUGCUACGCGACAAAAUCUGCACCACAAGAAGUUAAAUGUGUAGAUGUGCCAACAAGGUACGACAACACGACAAACAGUGGCUCACUUGUCGGCAGAAACGACACGUUUAGGUUUUGCCUCGCGGAACCUCCUUACAAAGACAAAGUGUACGUCUUCAAAAUAUACUUCACAGACGAUGAAUCGAAUCGUAACACACGCUUCGAGAUAUACGACACAGACAUGACAUGCUCAAAUGCACUUGAGUUCUACGGCAGCCUCGGCGAGAAGACACAAAUGGAGGCUAUGUACACUCCCUCGUUUCCUAACAAACAGCCAAGAAGGAAAACGAAUCGUCGCGCAGGUUAUAAGUGGCUAAAAGCGCGAGUGUCGAGAAGAUUUCGGAGAAAGUUCAAGAACUUCCGCAAAGCCCAACAAAGGUUUGUUAUUCCGAAGCAUGUAUUGAAACGUAAACGUGGGGUGCUGAUGCUCGACUUCGAAGGCCCAAAAUAGUCAUAGUAUCCGAACCCGCUACCACCCCCGCGUUAGGGACCGAACUGUGAAAAAUGCCCGGGGAAUGAGCCCCGCAUAUGUUCAGGCGAGGAAAUAAAAAGCCCGUAUUGUCGA